UGCAAAAAAGGGGGUUAAGGUUUUACUUCGACUUCGCAGGUGCCAUUUGCCUAUAAUGGAUAUUCAGAAAUGUCGUAAUUUUCCUUAAUAUCAUGCUCAUUCGAGACUCUUGAAAGCAAUUUGCAGUAAAUCAUUAUGAAGGCCUGACCUAGGUAAAAAUGCGGAUAGAAACGUGCUACUUUUGUUCGUCUCCAAUCUAUCCUGGACACGGCAUCCAGUUUGUUAGGAACGAUUGUACGAUAUUCAAAUUCUGUCGAUCAAGAUGUAAUAAGCUGUUCAAGAAAAAGAAGAACCCAAGAAAGCUAAGAUUCACCAAAGCGUCGCGACGUGCGCGAGGAAAGGAACUUAUCAACGAUGCUACCCAAUUAUUGGAGCAAAGGAGAGAUGAGCCAGUGAAAUACGAACGGGAGUUAUUUAAGAACACCGUAGAAGCAGCAAAAACUGUUUCGGCUUUGAAACAAAAGAGGUACGCCAAUCUUAUACGGAAAUCUUUGCAACCUGGCAAGAUUGUGAAGAAGGCUGGCAUGAUCAAGAAGGCCGAGACCAAGCUCCAUCUCAUCCGUGCUCCACUUGCAACGAAAGAACCCGUCAAGCAGAAACAAAAGGAGAAAGAGCAGGCUAUGGAACUCAACUAA